GAUGAGUCAAACCUGCGUCAGACCACCGUCGUGACUUUACCCCAUAGUAAAGUCUUCUUCCCACAACAACACAGCCAUAAUAGCCACGUGGAGGAGCAGACGUGCGUGAGGAGAGCAACACAACAGCCUCGGUCUGGAGCUGCAAGCUGAGACAAACGGUGCGCGCGCGCCUCCGUGCCAUUCAUUGUUUUUUUAAAAAGAAGCCCAAACUUAAAAUCGUGUGUCCGCGGCGUCGAGCUCGUGCGUCAGACUUAUUACGCACCACGCGCCCUGUGCGACUGGAGGUGGGUUCACAUCCAGAGAUGCUGCAUGCCGCGGCGCCCUGAAUGAGCUCCGGAUUCACUCUGCAYCUUCAUAAGAUUUAAAAAAGACACAAUUGUUUUCCAUCUCCUCGCCCCCUUCCAAGCGUCCGCUUCACUGAUCGUUCUUCUGGACCCCCGUCGACCCCCCACCCAGACCUCCGAAGGCGCCACUGUGUGUCAGCAGCCAUGCCAAAGAACACCAAGGUGACUCAGCGAGAGCACAGCAAUGAGCCGGUCACCGAGUCGGUGGCUGACCUCCUGUCCCUGGAGCACCCCAUGGACUAUAAGAGCAGCCAGAUGAGUAUGGGUCUCAGUCCUGGAUCUACAGCCCCGGGAAAGUCCCUGCUGCCCGAGCAGGACUUAGAGGAUGGUCGGCCCGCGUGGAACAAUAAGUUGGAGUACAUCCUCGCACAGGUGGGCUUCUCCGUGGGUCUGGGAAACGUUUGGAGGUUUCCCUACCUGUGUCAGAAGAACGGUGGAGGUGCRUACCUGGUGCCCUACUUCAUCCUCCUCCUCCUCAUCGGCAUCCCCUUGUUUUUCCUGGAGCUGGCAGUGGGUCAGAGGAUCAGGAGGGGCAGCAUCGGGGUGUGGAACUACGUCUACCCUCAGCUGGGAGGCAUCGGGGUUUCCAGCCUGAUGGUGUGUGGUUUUGUCGGCCUCUAUUAUAACGUGAUCAUCGGCUGGAGCAUCUUCUAUUUCUUCCAGUCGUUUCAGUAUCCUUUACCCUGGGCUGAAUGCCCCAUCAAGAGAAACGGAACCCAAGCCAUUGUGGAACCAGAAUGUGAGAAAAGCUCUGCCACCACCUACUUCUGGUACCGUCAGACUCUGAACAUCACCAGCACCAUCGACGACACCGGCGGCCUGAACUGGAAGAUGACCCUGUCCUUGCUGGUGGCCUGGAUCCUGGUCUGCCUGGCAGUCAUCAAGGGCAUCCAGUCCUCCGGGAAGCUGGAGAAGAUGCUGGAGCCUCAGGUGUGGAGAGAAGCCGCCACGCAGGUCUUCUUCGCCCUCGGGCUGGGCUUCGGCGGCGUCAUCGCCUUCUCCAGCUACAACAAGAGAGACAACAACUGCCACUUCGACGCCUCGCUGGUCUCCAUCAUCAACUUCGUCACCUCCAUCCUGGCCACCUUGGUGGUGUUUGCCGUGCUGGGCUUCAAAGCGAACGUGAUGAAUGAGAAGUGUGUCAUUGAGAAUGCAGAGAAGAUUCUGGGUUACCUGAACACAGGUGUGCUGAGCAGAGAGCUGAUUCCUCCUCACAUCAACUUCUCUCACCUGUCGUCUCAGGACUACACAGAAAUGUACGGAGUCAUCAAAACUGUGAAGGAGGACAACUUCGCCCAGCUGGGCCUGGAYGCCUGUAUCCUGGAGGAUGAGCUGAAUAAGGCAGUUCAGGGCACUGGCCUGGCCUUCAUUGCCUUCACAGAGGCCAUGACCCACUUCCCCGCCAGCCCCUUCUGGUCCGUCAUGUUCUUCUUCAUGCUGAUCAACCUGGGCCUGGGAAGCAUGAUCGGAACCAUGACCGGGAUCACCACUCCCAUACUGGACGCUUUCAAGAUCCGCAAGGAGAUCCUGUGCGUGGUUUGCUGUAUAAUAGCCUUCCUGUUAGGCCUGCUGUUCGUGCAGCGCUCAGGAAACUACUUUGUCACCAUGUUUGAUGAUUACUCUGCUGGUCUGCCUCUCACUGUGGUGGUGAUCUUGGAGAACAUCUCAGUAGCUUGGAUCUAUGGCACUAAGAGGUUCAUGCAGGAUCUGGAGGACAUGCUUGGCUUCAGGCCGUACUCCUUCUAUUUCUAUAUGUGGAAAUAUGUGUCGCCUGCCAUCUUAGUGGUGCUCAUCACUGCCACUGUCAUUGAGAUGGCUGUCAGUCCUGCAGGGUACAACGCCUGGGAGGAAGACGAGGGCUCGGAGCGUUUCCACAGCUACCCCCCCUGGGCUUUAGCCAUGGCGUACGCCCUGAUUGUGGUGGCCAUGCUGCCUCUGCCCAUGGUCUUCAUCGCCCGCCAUUUCAACCUGAUCUCCGACGGCUCCAACAAGCUGUCCGUCUCCUACCGCAAAGGCAUGAUGAAGGACAUCUCCAACCUGGAGGAGCAGGACGAGCAGCGCUUCAUCCUUGGCAAGAACCCCAACGAGACCCCCUCCCCCAUGCCCGCCCACCGCCCUUACCUGGGGCCCGGCGGCACCCAGGAGAUGACCAACACUAACUAUGGCACCAGCACCAAGACRGGCUACCAGAACAUUGGCUCGCCCGAAUCUGAGCUAUGAUCCACUGAGCUCAUACAUCUUAUAACCCACACCUGCACCCUCUAAGGCUGAAGGCAGGAAGACAGAGGAAGGAAAGAGGAAGAGAAGAAUCACUUGCAGCAUUCCCCACACCUUAACCUUCAGAGCUAAAAUCUUCUGCCCCCCUGUUUUUGCCCCAUCACACACGGUUCAUGACACGGACUGUGAAAAGGUUUUUCCAUCCAGACAAAAUGGCAGAGACAGAGGGACGAAGGCGGGAGCAAAGAGAUAAUCCAGAAUGGUCGUUUGAGAGUUUAGAUGAUAAACUCUGGGGGUUAAGGAGUGUCCAAUGCUGAAACUUUGUGUUGUACUGAGCUGUAAUUCUGUGUGUUUACCGGUUUGUGCUUUUUCUGGUUCAUUGGAGAGGAUUGUGAAUUGUGGGAAUAGAGUAGAAGGAGGCUCAAAAACAUAAAAACACCUUUUUUCUGAUCAGUAUAAGAAGGUUUCUUACGUUGAAGAAAUGAAAGGUUACAAAUGCAUCCAUAACAGUAUGUGGUAGACAACUCUCAUGGUGUUACAAGCACAUUAUAUCUUAGUUUAUUGUGCCUAUCGUGCAUCAGCAAUAAUAGUAAAUAAUCAGACUCCUCGUAAAAUCUCCUUCUAUCUCAAUUUCCCAAAUGUACAUUUGAAAUCUUUAUAAAUAGAGUAUAUGUUGUGCAAUAGUCUCAAACAUCACUUUAAGUCAUGCRGACACGCUGCAGAAGAAAGUGUAGUUUUGUUGUUUGCCAUUUCUUCACCGAAGCACAGCCAUCUUUAGAGCAUCUCUGAGCCUUAAAAUGGAGAAACAUUCGUCUUUUAAACAACCUUCCUCCUCAAUAAGCAAAGCUAUGGAAAUGUUACCAGCGACGAUGCGUGUUGUUGUUUGUUGUUGGGUCAAGAAUGGAGAUUUUUCCAUUUUAAUCUGCAGAUUUUAAUGAAUGAAACGGCUGACGUUGUAUCAGCCAGGCAUCUUUGUUAGAAAGGCAGACAGAGAGGUGGUUCUGUCUUUGUGUACGCACAGAUGCCGGUGUAUUGUCUGCCACUGAGCUCCUGGUGACCCGGCCCGUUUAAAAAUAGAGCUGCGUUACUCAGGGGAGGCCGUGGCAACGCUCCAUAGAAACAGACUGUCUCUCUGUGCAGGAGGAGUGGACACCACGGCUUUGUCUGCUCCACCUGCACAGCUGUUGAUUCACCUGUAAGGUUUUUACUCACCGAUGUCAUCGCAGGGCAUUGAAUUAGGUGGUUCACUGCCUCCCUGCACCGYGGAUCAACCAUAGUCCACCCCUGAGUGGAUGGUGUUUAGGUUCAACACUGAUACAUUCCUCAAAUCGUGACCACAUUUACAUCAUCAGCACUACAAGCUACACUUUAAUGUCUUUUCUGUGAUCCAAAGUGUGAAAACAAAGCCUUUGUUUUUUAUUUUAUUGUAUAUUCUUGUACAACUGUGGAAAUGUACUGUGACAUUCAUGUUUGGAAAUAAGUGGUAGUACUUGGAUUUGACCGCUAGGUGUCUCUGCUGAACAGCAGAGGACACUUCGUUCUGUGGCCCCUCCCUGAGAGAGCACCAUGACUGAACAGAUAUAAUAGUGUGAAGCACAGUCAGUCACAGUAUUUGGUGCCUGAACAGCAUCUGUGUCAUCUGUUUGCCUUACGCUUUUGUCAUUUUAUUAUUAUUAUUUACCUUUAGUGAGUUUGUUUGAGUUUUGUCUCGUUCACUUGAGCACUUUAAGUAGAUUCAGACCCUGGAGUUGUUUGUUAAGCACAAAUAAAAUGUUAUUAACUUAGUUUUCUAAGUUAAAAUUAAAUCAAAUGGGUGUUGAAAAUCCACUAAAGGCACAAACAGAAAAUGUUAAAUUAUUUUGUUUCCUAUUUGGUUUAUGUCAUUCCUAAAAAAGGGUUUGAAUUUUUGUUUUGUAAAACUUUUAUGAUGACUGGUUCUGUUUAAGCUUUCUUCUCGGUUUAGUUCCUGUAGCAGCGUUUGCUCUGCUUACAGGUCAUUUAUAACCUAAUAGCACAUCUUUGUCAUGUAUUAUAUAUUCCCAUAAAUGCUUGUGACACUGAUAAUAAUAACCAAGAAAAAUGUGUUGCGUCUAUAGCACAAAAAACUGAAUAUUUAUUUUGGCUGCAAACACUUCAGGCAUUAAAAAUAAGCAUGAAAAGUUUAUUUAGGUCUUCAUAUUAGAUUAUAAUCGUCAUGAUUGGUAAAAUCUUGCAUGUAAAGAUUAACAGAUUUUAUGUCAAAGCAUGCACAAAACACUGCCCACCAACAGCACAGAAGGACACAUAACAACAGCUUUUCCUUAGAAUAAAGCACAUUGUAGGAGAGCACAGAAUCAUCCAGGAGGUUUUCUCUCUUUUCUUAAAAAUACUUUUCAAGAUCUGUGAGCCACUUUAAGCUCAAUGGGUGAAGAAACUUAUAGUCCAGGCCAGUUAAAUUCUGCACAAUAAAAUGCACACUGCCACUCUAAAAAAGAAAGUAAACAGCGACUGGACUUUACUAGCAACAGAUUUGAUGAAAGCACAAUCAUGUCUGUGAGUUUUCUUUAAGAUAUGCUGCAUUUAUUAAUAAUAAAGUUGUAUCUGACCAGGGUAGAACACUUGCUAACACUGUUUAAACUCUGUAUGGUCUCAGGCAGUAAAAAYGUUUUUUACCAAUCAGUAACGAUAAUAUAAACUGAUUAAGAAUAUGAAUAAGAAAACUGAAAAACAAAAACUCCAGGGUCUCUUUGUUUCGUCUCGCUGUGUUGCAAACAACUCCUAGAGUUUAUCUGAGCUCAGUCACCAAAAGGAACUUGACAAAAGUAGAGUAACAGUAAAUUUAUUUCAAUGUGCAAAUAAUCGUUAUGUGACCAAACAUAGUUAUAUUUAUAGUAUUUAAGAUGAUGUAUUUAAUCUGUACAUAUUUGAUGUACAUUCUGAUAAAUUCACACUGAGUAUCUAUAUAGUGAAAGUGACAGGGUGUAUACUUGAGCUGUAAAUAAUAAUUGUAUAUUUUCAGAUAUUUUUUUUUGAUUUUUGUACUGUCUGUAACGUUACAUUGGUGUCUGUUGGUGUUUGUGUAGUUGUUUUCAGUAAAAAAUAGUUGUGCGCCUGUCUGUGUGUAUGUGUGUGUGUUGGUGUGAGGGCACGUGUGUGAGUGUGUGUAGAGAAAAAGUUACUUGUAGGGKUUUUUUUGGUGUUUCACUCUGUGUUUUUUUCUCCUCCUUCAGUGUUGUGUGCUGCUUAUCUAAAUCAGUGCAGUGGAGUGGGAUCUCUCAUGUGUGUUUCUCACUUUAAAACUGCGAUGAUGGUGUCCAGCACGAAACCUGGGAGCAAAUUCAGGAAGAAAUGUCUGACUGUAGCCUAACAUAGGAAGUUUAACUUUUAGGUUAACAGAGAGAUGCUGUGUGUGAACACAAUGGAGUGAAGCGACAAAUAAAGUAACCACUUUUAUUCAA